UUUUAUUUCUAUUUCAGGUUUCGGACUGUAAAGAACUCUAAAAAACCAAAAAAAAAAAUAGCAAAAUUUCAUAUUUAAAUUUCCAAAAUUGUUCAAGUCGAAUUUUUCCUUUAAAAAAUGGAGUACGGAAACGGUAUGCAAUAUGAAGGUUACGGACAGGGUGGCGAAGGUUAUGAAAUGAACUAUGACCAGAUGGGUCGUGGCCAGGGAUAUGGCCAGGAGCAGAGUGGCUACGGGCAGGAGUCUAGAAGCUUCCAAAGCGGAUCCGCUGCCCUUGGAGGCCCUGGGUAUCGCAGUCCCCUGCGGUACAACAAAAUGCUCCGCGAGAUGAACUCCCGCAACGGACUUUAUUCGCCCAUGGAGCAGCAGCGGGGCGGUGGACAGGGAGACUACUAUAACACUUUGCCCGGCCUAGGCGGCGCUGAAGGUCAAUCGUACCAGUCCCGUAACAACGGAAACUCUUACUUCUAAAAAUUGUUGUGAUCAUUCAGCGUGUGGAAAUAAUGGCUUAAAAAUUUAACGUGUCGCUCACAAAAUAAAUUUUAACGUGAUUAAAACUGAGAA